GAAAUCAUUAAUAGGAAAGCAAAGCCUAAAAGCAUUCAUUUAGCGUUGAUACUUGAUUUAAUUUUUGCAGAUAAAGCUUAAAAUAGACUGCUUUGUCUGUCUCCAACCUCUUUCCGAGCUCCUGUUCACACCCAGAAGAAGCAAGAGCGGCAAAGCUCCUAAAUUUUGCAGCUGUCGCUCUAUUCCUUCAUGUACGUAAAGGAGCAAGCUUUGUCUGAUUAGAGAGAUGGUGAAGUUUACUGGAUAUUCUUUAGUAACUUCUUUUGCUCCAUUUCAUUCUGUUAUUCUUAAAAACCAUCACAGAUUAUCAUUAAAUUUACGUCAGAAGAAUUCAGCUAAGUCGAGAAGCCUGUCUACUUGUUCUCUCAAGUGUCAAUUGCAUGCAAAAGCUGAGAUGGGUGCAGGACGCUAUCUUCCUCCUUUAUUUAGUGUUGCUCCAAUGAUGGACUGGACGGAUAAUCAUUAUAGGACUCUUGUCCGGCUCAUAUCAAAACAUUCUUGGCUUUACACAGAGAUGCUUGCAGCUGAAACAAUUGUCUAUCAACAGGGAAAUUUGGACAGGUUCUUGGCAUAUUCUCCUCAACAGCAUCCCAUUGUCUUGCAAAUUGGAGGAAGUAAUUUGGACAACUUGGCAAAGGCAACUGAACUUGCUAGUGCUUAUGGCUAUGAUGAAAUCAACUUCAACUGCGGUUGUCCAAGUCCAAGGGUCGCUGGGCAUGGGUGCUUUGGUGUUCGUCUUAUGCUUGAUCCAAAGUUUGUUGGUGAAGCUAUGUCGGUGAUUGCAGCCAACACAGAUGUUCCUGUUAGUGUUAAAUGCCGAAUUGGGGUAGACAAUCAUGAUUCGUAUAAUGAGCUCUGUGAUUUCAUCUAUAAGGUUUCUUCUCUGUCCCCAACUAAGCAUUUUAUAAUACAUUCACGAAAAGCUCUACUCAACGGCAUCAGUCCAGCAGAAAACCGAAAAAUUCCUCCCCUGAAAUAUGAGUACUAUUAUGCCCUCUUGCGUGACUUUCCAGACUUGAGAUUUACUAUAAAUGGAGGCAUAGAUUGUAUUGAUGAGGUAAAUUUGGCACUGAAAGAAGGAGCUCAUGGUGUAAUGGUUGGGCGUGCUGCCUAUAAUAAUCCUUGGAAUUUGCUGGGACAUGUUGAUUCUGCAAUUUACUUUGAACCAAAGAGUGGUCUCACACGUCGUCAGGUCCUUGAACAGUAUCAAGCAUAUGGGGAUGCUGUUUUGGGAACCUAUGGAAAUAAUAGACCAAAUGUCAGGGAUGUGGUAAAGCCUUUGCUUGGUUUCUUCUAUUCUGAGCCUGGAAAUGGUCUGUGGAAACGCAAAGCUGAUGCUGCUUUCCAGAAUUGUACAACAAUCAAAUCCUUCUUUGAGGAAACACUGGUAGCAAUUCCUGACUCUGUUUUGGAUUCACCAAUUGCGGAGGUACAGCCUGGUCGUCAAGAUCUUUUUGCAAAUGUAAGAGGGUUGCUCCCACCACCAUAUGAAACAAAAGAAGAGGAGUUAGCAUAUGCUUAGACCUAAGCAGUCUAAAUUCGUAACUGGCAUUAUCUGUAUCCCAUGCUAUGAUCAUACACAUAUUCUUUCUAAUUUUUUGGAUUACCUGAUCAAUUUUUAACAUUAUGUAUCAAGUAUACUAGGGGAUAGUCACGGAAUUUAUAAGCUCAGGUGAUGAGAUGCUAAACUACUAGGCGUGUAUUGCUAAAUGCAUUUAGGAUAGGAUACUGAUUUUCAGAUACAUGUAUCUAAACUGAUAUGAGCAUCUCAUUGAGCUUUUGAGCUGAAUUUGUACAAGUGUAACAUGCUGAUAAUUUAGUUACACUGUUAAUGAAGAUAAAUGAGCAGGUUCAAACCUUUC